AUGGGCGUGUCCACGUUGGAGCCAGAGGGCUGCCUCGGCACGCUCUACUCCCACCCGCAGACGACCGUGCUGCGGCUGACCUCCUUCCCGGACGGCCACGAGACGGAGGACCAGGCAGAGGGCACCAACGUGGCCAAGUACGUUGACCGCGGCUGGUGCGCCACCGAGAGCGCCUGGUCGAGCCUGACCAAGGCCGGCGCCCUCUCGCUCGACCUCGGCUUGAUGCGCGACGGCGAGGAGUACGACUACUACAGCCUCCGACACGAAUGCACCAAGGGUGGCGGCCGGCGCCCUCCGCUGCUGCCCUCUGCGUUCGCGGCGGAGCUGGAGACGAAGAGCUUCACCAACGGCAAGGACGACAAGCCGCUGGUGAAGCAGCUGUACGAGGCCGCCUUCGAGGAGCAGUUUGGCAAGGCGACCAAGCUGGACUACCGCGGACUCGGAUGGGGCAACGCGGAGGCGGCGCAGCUGGCGGAGGUCCUCGCGAGCGGGGCAGUGCCGCGGCUCGAGGAGCUCGAUCUCGGCGACAACAAGAUCGGUGACGAGGGCUUCGAGGCGCUGGCCGCCGCCCUCGGCAAGGAGGGGGCAGUGCCGCGGCUCGAGCAGCUCUAUCUCGAAGGCAACAAGAUCGGCGACGAGGGCUGCAAGGCGCUGGCCGCCGCCCUCGGCAAGGAGGGGGCAGUGCCGCGGCUCGAGAAUCUCCAUCUCCGCUUCAACAAGAUCGGCGACGAGAGCUGCAAGGCGCUGGCCACCGCCCUCGGCAAGGAGGGGGCAGCGCCGCGGCUCGAGACGCUCGAGCUCGGCUUCAACCAGAUUGGCGACGAGAGCUGCAAGGCGCUGGCCGCCGCCCUCGGCAAGGAGGGGGCAGCGCCGCGGCUCGAGACGCUCGAGCUCGGCUUCAACCAGAUUGGCGACGAGGGCUGCAAGGCGCUGGCUGCCGCCCUCGGCAAGCGAAAGGAGGGGGCAGCGCCGCGGCUCAGGUGGCCUUAUCUCGAAGGCAACUUCCAGAUUGGCGACGAGGGCUGCAACGCGCUGGCCGCCGCCCUCGGCGAGGAGGCAGCGCCGGAGCUCGACGCGCUCGAGCUCUCCCAGUCCAGCCUGAGCAGGAUUGGCGACGAGGGCUGCAUUGCGCUGGCCGCCGCCCUCGGCAAGGAGGGGGCAGCGCAGCGGCUCGAGACGAUCUAUCUCGACGGCAACUCUCAGGUUGGCGACGAGGGCUGCAAGGCGCUAGCCGCCGCCCUCGGCAAGGAGGGGGCAGUGCCGCGGCUCAAGAAUCUCUAUCUCCGCGACAACCAGAUCGGUGACGAGGGCUGCAAGGCGCUGGCCGCCGCCCUCGGCAAGGAGGGGGCAGUGCCGCGGCUCGUGCGGCUAAGUCUCCCCGAGAACAAGAUCGGCGACGAGGGCUGCAAGGCGCUGGCCGCCGCUCUCAAGGAGGGGGCCGCCCCGAGCUUGAAGACGCUCCUCGUGGAUGGUCAGCCGGCCGAGCUGGCGGCGCUGUUCGAGGAGCAAGGCGCGGUAGAGUGCAAGGAGCUGGUGGCUGUGUGCGAGGAGCGCGGCAUCAACCUACCCAUGCAGACCGAGCUGAACUACGGCUUCCUCGGCUGGGGCGACGCGGAGGCGACGCAGCUGGCGGAGGUCCUCGCGAGCGGGCCGCGGCACUGGAAGCUCGAUCUCGAAGGCAACAAGAUCGGCGACGAGGGCUGCAAGGCGCUGGCCGCCGCCCUCGGCAAGGAGGGGGCAGCACCGCGGCUCAAGGAGCUAUGUCUCGGUCGCAACCAGAUCGGCGACGAGGGCUGCAAGGCGCUGGCCGCCGCCCUCGGCAAGGAGGGGGCAGCGCUGCGGCUCGAGACGAUCUAUCUCGACGGCAACUCUCAGGUUGGCGACGAGGGCUGCAAGGCGCUGGCCGCCGCCCUCGGCAAGGAGGGGGCAGUGCCGCGGCUCAAGAAUCUCUAUCUCCGCGACAACCAGAUCGGUGACGAGGGCUGCAAGGCGCUGGCCGCCGCCCUCGGCAAGGAGGGGGCAGUGCCGCGGCUCAAGAAUCUCUAUCUCCGCGACAACCAGAUCGGUGACGAGGGCUGCAAGGCGCUGGCCGCCGCCCUCGGCAAGGGGGCAGCGCCGCGGCUCGUGCGGCUAAGUCUCCCCGAGAACAAGAUCGGCGACGAGGGCUGCAAGGCGCUGGCCGCCGCUCUCAAGGAGGGGGCCGCCCCGAGCUUGAAGACGCUCCUCGUGGAUGGUCAGCCGGCCGAGCUGGCGGCGCUGUUCGAGGAGCAAGAGGAGAGGGCAGCGCCGCGGCUCGAGGAGCUCUGGCUCAACUCCAACAAGAUUGGCGACGAGGGCUGCAAGGCGCUGGCCGCCGCCCUUAAGGAGGGGGCCGCCCCGAGCUUGAAGAUGCUGGACAUGGGCUUUUUGUUCUUGUUCCACAACAAGAAGCCCGAGCUGGUGGCCGUAUGCGAGGAGCGCGGCAUCACGCUGCGCUGAGGGCCCUUGCUCCCGCCGCCGCGUGCUUAACUACGCAAGAAGCAGCUGGUGGCCGUGCGACGCGUGUGGCAUCGAGUUCGUCUGAGCCCCGGGCGGCAAGACGAGCGACGGGCCCGUCUCCAUGGCAAAAGAAGCGAUGUUGCGAUUCUCCCUGGAUCCCGUGUUGCGUGACUGCCUUUGUGCGAUUUCGGGCCCGGGGUUGUGCUUUUGUGUGAAGAACAGUCGCUCGGAAC